UGCCAUGUAAUGUUGGUUGAAAAACUCAACCAGCGCAACAUUUUAUACAUAAAGCCACCUCCUCCUCCUCCUCACUCGUCGUCACGAAAGCCUCGCAGGAUUUUUCUAGCUGUCUCUCAGAGGAGACUCUGCUAACCCUCUUCACUCGUCACCCGAGUUCACCAAAACGAUUCGUUUCAUUUCAGCUCUCCCGUUCUCAGAUCCUCACCAACCUCAACAGCAAUCUGAGAAUCAAAAUCCUCCCAAACCCUAAUCUUUUCCCUCUCCCAUUUCCGAUUUUGCCCUCCAGCUCGCGCCUGAGCUUCGUCACGAAACCGUAACUUCAAAAAACCUGCUGUUUGGCAACGCUCGGUAAGUCUAGACUUACGCUGGGUUAAGAAAUGGUGGGAGGCGGGAACAGAAAGGACGAGUCUGUGGUUCUGAAUAGCACCAACGUGUUUGCGGCGCUCGGGAGCUUGAAGAAGAAGAAGAAGUCCGAGAAGGGUUCCUCCAAGAGCUCGAAAAGCGGCACAGCUCAGAAUCCUGACGAGGCCGAAAAAGAGGUGUUUUGGGCCCCUGCGCCCCUCAACGUGAAAUCGUGGGCCGAUGUCGAUGACGAGGAUGACGACGACUACUAUGCAACUACAGCUCCGCCCGAAUUGGGCUGGGCCGGUGAGGAUUCAAAGGUGGCCAAGGAGACUGCGCAUGAAGCUGAGCAUGUGGAAGUCGGUGAACUGGUAAGUGAAAGCGAGGAGGAAGGUCUUGAUGAAGUUGAUGAUGUCGACGAGGAACAUGAAAAUGAACUUGAAGCACCAGUGGAAACUGAGCCACUUAAGAAGCCCCCUGAAGCUUCUCCAGCUCCUAAGGAUACUGAAAGGCAGCUUUCUAAGAAGGAACUGAAGAAAAAGGGGCUUGAAGAACUUGAAGCUGUUCUUGCCGAGCUAGGAUACGGUGCCAAAAGCGAGACCGGUGGCCAAGAUGAUUCCAGUGGUAUUGCACAAGAGAAGAAAGUAGAGAAUCUAAAUGGCGAGGUAGACAAGAAGGAGAAUGCCACCGGGGAGAGCAAAAGUGCAAAAAAGAAGAAAAAGAAGGAUAAGUCAAUGAAGGAGCCAAAAGAAUCCCCGGACCAGCCUGAUGGCAUCGAUGUUGCAGCAGCAGAUGACGAUGCUGGGACAGAGAAGGGAGAAAAUACAUCUGCUGGAGAUGUUAAAGAGCGGCUAAAGAAAGUGGCAUCUAUGAAGAAGAAGAAAUCAAGCAAAGAAAUGGAUGCAGCUGCCCGAGCUGCUGCAAGUGAAGCUGCUGCUAGGAAUGCAAGGCUAGCUGCAGCAAAGAAAAAAGAGAAGAACCAUUACAAUCAACAGCCGGUGCGGUAAGCCGGCUAUAGAUCUUUAGUUUUUGUUUCUUUGUUUUCUCUUUCUUCUAUAUGAACUUGUGCUCUUGUUUAUUUGUUGAAUGGAAAAAUAAACCUCGGGAACUGGUUUUGCGAACUUCACUUUUAA